CGGACCUGACUAAUCAAACACUGGAGCCAUCAAAAUAUCUCCGCCACAAGAAAACACUACAAAUCCAGCAAACUGGCCAAACGGAUCAUUAGAAUACUAGAUAGCCAUCGCCGCCAUGGAUGAUCAUCAAGAGGAGGGGCCGGAGAAGGUGAAGCUUUUCGGCAUGUGGGCGAGCCCCUACGUGCUCAAGGUGAGAUGGGCGCUGAGCAUCAAGGGCGUGGAGUACGAGUACGUGGAGGAGGACCUGAGGAACAAGAGCAGCGACCUCCUGGAGCACAACCCCGUGCACAAGAAGGUCCCCGUGCUGCUCUACCGCGGCAGACCGGUGGCGGAGUCCGACGUCAUCGUCGAGUUCGUUGAUGAGGCGUGGAGCCACCGCGGCGGCCGCAUCCUCCCUGACGACCCCUACCAGCGCGCCAUGGCCCGCUUCUGGGUGAGGUUCGUGCAUGACAAGCUCUCGCCGCCGAUCUGGAAGUGGUUCACGGCGGCGCCAGGCGAGGGGCAGGAGGCCGCGCUGGGGGCCGCCGUGGAGCAGCUGCAGGUCCUGGAGGACUUGCUCGCCGUCGGCGGCAAGGAGUUCUUCGCCGGGGAGAGCGUCGGGCUCGUCGACCUGUCGCUGGGCGCGAUGGCAUACGUGGUCCCGAUGUACGAGGAGAUCAUCGGCGUGAGGCUGGUCACCGAGGAGAGGUUCCCGUCUCUGUCGGCGUGGAUGGGCCGAUUCUUGGACUCGCCGCCGGUGAAGGAUCACCCGCCGCCAGUGGAGAGGCUGAAACCCAGUUUCUGCCUGCCAGGGCCGGUGGUAUUGUUACUCCUUUCCAUGGUGAUGAACAUGAAAUUACUCGAUCCGCCAUUGGAGGAGGAACCAUCGGGGGAGGGAUCUGCGGGAGGAGGCUGUGUCGGCGGCGGGGUCGGACAUGGACUUGCGGGACUUGAGGAGUCGUGCGUGAUAUCGCUCAUAUCAUCAUGCACGGACCUAUGCGAGGGAAACGGAAGUUCCACCAAUUUAGGGAAUCGCUGAUUUACCGCAUGUAAUGUUCGCAUGUACAGGUCUGUUGCAUCAAAAUUUGCCUAGAAUCAUUUUUCCUCAUGGGCCUGAUACAGAGAACACACAUACGUGGGGGCCCCUCUGUUUCGGGGGCCCGGGGCGGCCGCCCCCCUGCCCCCCCAUCAGGGCCGGGCCUGUAUGUAAAUGCAGCCUCAAAUGCAUCAUCUGCAUGUUGUUUGGUUGCCUGCAUGCCCUCUUGCCUACAUGGACAGAACCACACUGCCUGGUGUUUGGUUGCCUGCAUGUUAGUGGACAAACCCAAGGCAUGAUGUUUGGUUGUAUGCAACGCCUGGUGUGUGGUAACCUCUUUUGCUAGUUGGUAAGGUUACCAGCACACUCCAGCACAACCAUGUAGCACACAUCAUAAGCAGAGCCGGAAGUGCAAUCAUGUCCUUAAUCUUAUUUUGAUGUUGAUGACAACAUGCAUACAAGGGACUAAUCAU